GGGAGAGAAGCGUGUCGACGUAGAACUCAGAGAUUGUUCGUGAUACGCAAAGGCAGAUGUCGAUCGCUGUAUUCGAAGUGCUAGUCACUUGUUAUCGAGAGAGGAUAAUAAUAAAGGAGCGUCUUUUGUUAAACCCUGCCAAGUCAAACUCCACCGUCCUACCGCCCAUUUCCUGUCCAUGUGAAUCAUCAAUGGUCACCCAUGGAUUCCAUUUAUCGGUAUACGUCUUCGUGCAACCGACCGCCGAGAGCCAUAUGUUCCACGAUCCGGUGAGUAAAACGAUCGAUCCUCCAUUCCUUUGCGCGAGAACUCGCCGUUUAAGUAGAAGCAGCGAGAACCACUCGGUCGGAACAAAUUCAACGUUUCCGGCACCGAUAUAUGAAUGCAAUUCGCGUCACUCGCCUCUCGACCGAUCGCCUCGUCCGAUCGCCUUCAUCGUCCUCGACGGAACGAAAAAUCACGCAGCGGGAUACCUCUCGCGAUAA